GUAUAAAUUAUUUGACAAUUAAAUUAAUAACAAUCGUGAUAAUAAAUGCUGCCACGAUUGCCAGUGAUGAAUCUCCAAUGGAACGUUAUCUAUUUGAAGAUGUGAUGAUAAGUCCAAAUACUCCGGUUUAUUAUCUAGAAUCUCUCGAUGCAGAUAACGCAAAAGUGACGACACAAUUAAAUGUAUUCAAAGCAACUCAGGCUUAUAAAUAUUACAACGAUCCUAAAAACUACCAGAAUAACACAUUCCUUUUAAAUAUACUACUAAUUUUUGACAAUAUCGAAGAAAAUCCAGAAUUCGACGAAACCCGUCAUACCAAUAAAAUCUUACAAGAUUUUAGUAUCGUCGCCAAAAGUUUCAAUCAAUUAAAUGAUCCCAAAAUAAAAUUACAUAUUGCCGGAGUUAUUAAAUGGAAGCAUGUAGAUACUACGGCUUUUACAAUGUGGAGCGAGACAUCCUCUGGGAGAAUUUACUAUUAUAACGCUGAUUCAACACUUGAUAGAUUGAGUAGUUGGUUGUAUGAAAAUGCUGCAACAUUCAGCGGGAUUAAUUAUGACAUGUUCAUUUUUCUAUCAAACAAACGUUUAUAUGAAUCAAAUGAUGAAUUAUGGUAUGAGCUAACGUAUUAUCAAAAAGAAAAUGUUGAUUGCACAAAUAGACGCAAUGCGAGUAAUCAAUUGGGCGGACUCCUUUAUUUUGGCGGAGAGAAUGUUGAUUUGAAUGCUGUACAGAUGAUCGCUUUUGCAUUUGGAGUAAGAAGCGAUUCCGAUCCUGGAUGCGAAAGUGAUUCCGAAGUUAUCGAUCAUUACUAUAUGCAUAUUGAAAGUGAUGAGAUUCAAGCAACAUUUCGCCAUUGGUCUGAAUGUUCACAAGCCGAUUUUAAGGAAAUCGUCGACAACGAAUAUUAUGAAUGCCUUAAAAUGCCAGGCUAUGAAGAUUUGAUACUGGGACCCAACACCUACAUUUAUUCUAUUGACCCUCCAGGCAAUGAAUACGUGAGAAUAAUAUCUGAUUUGAAUAGAUUUGAGGCAACACCGACCUAUAAUUAUUACAGAAAACCAGAUGUCGAUCUCAGUAAUACUUAUGUUAUUAAUAUAUUAUUAAUUUAUGACUGGAGCUAUAAUGCAAUAAAUGAGGACAGAAAUAUUGUCCUUGAUUCCAUACUAAAGAAACUGAAUAUAGUGGCUGUGAAUUUCAAUAAAUUAGAAGAUUUUAAACUAAAACUACGUAUUUCCGGAAUAGUUUUACCACCGCGUCCCGAUAUUUUCAACGUACCGGAAACACAGAAAACGCCUCAGCGGGGCCAACCCUGUUAUCGUUCUAGUGGGACCUUACGCUACCUGAGUGAAUGGUUACGAGAAAAUGGAGAGCAGUUUGAAAAUCCCUCAUUCGACUUUUUCCUCUUCGUGACAAGCAAAAUCUUGUGCGAUGAUAAGACUGAUAAGAAAUUAGACACUGGCGCUGUCCAAAAAUAUAACUGCAAUAAUCCUUCUACGUUAGUUAAAUCAUCUGGUGCACUCGUUCAAUAUGACGCCUCCUUCAGCUUGCAUGUUACACAACUCAUCGCCCAGAGGUUCGGUGUUAAAGAAGAUGAUUUACUCCAGUGCGGAUCAGGCCAUAUAAUGGAUUAUCAAACGAUAGAAAAUAGUUUGACCACGGUAACUACUCAGUCGUGGUCAAACUGUUCACAAUUAGCAUUUCAGUCCAUACCCAGUGCACCUGAAUAUUCAUGUUAUAAAAUGCCAGCUUUUAAGCCGGAUAGUGAAGAAAACGAUUAUUAGUAGCCCUACGACUCAACGUUUCUUUAUUUAAUGCAAUUCAUAACUUUUGAAUCAAUAAUUAUAAUGUACAAACUUAAGGAAAGUUUUUUUUUUUUUUUUUAAUGUAUUCAUUAAAUGACGAAAAUCUCAAUAAAGAAACUAUCAAGAAUUGAAAUGAUUA